ACGAGGCGAGCUGCGGAGAUUUAACUUUGAGUUUGUGCGCUGCGCUCGCGGGGCGCAGGAAAGAGAGGAAAAAGGCCGCGCGGUCAUCUGCCAGGAGGUCCCCGAGCGCGAGAGGAGAGAGGCGGGCACGUCACCGAAGGGCUGCUUGUACUUCGUGCUUUUUCGAGAGACGCACAGGAAAGGAGCCGAGGAGCCCGUCGCAUCGCUUCCACAGCCUCUCCCGUCGAACAGAACCGGUUCUGAGCGGGAAAAGACCGGCGUUCAACCAGAACGGAGAGGAAGACAAGCGGAGGAUUGGCUCUGAACACAGCUGGGGAGAAUUCAAUCCACACUGAGGAAUAAUCACAACGUUCAGACUGAACUCUGCCCUGUGGAUGUUUCUGUUUUCCUUUUUUCUUUUUCUUUUUCUUUUACCCUCAUUCACUGGAACGGACAUUAAUCUUCUUAGGAAUCACGGUAAUGUCUCUCCUCUACAUCUGCCUAGGAUAUGAAAGACUCCCUGCUCUCUUCUUCGUGAACCCUUUUGACCGCAGAGUUUGAGUGAAACUCCGGGAGCAGACAGGGAAUUUCUUUUAUUUUUUUCUUGACUUUGAACAAUCUCUUUCAUUUUCUGUUUUGUACAUCGUCGUCAUCUCACUCCUGUCUUUUCCUGAUAUCGUUUGGUUUCUCAUAACAGGAAGAGAAGGAGGUGACUUGCUCAAGUUUCUCUAACAGGAGCCAGAUUAGUGUUCCCAUUCCCGUUUGGCUUUCACCAGGGGACAAGUCCUCCCUUGUGUGUUUUUGUGUAGGAGUGUCCCUCUGCGAUACAUUAACGUGUCUCAGGGUGACAAUAACCGGCCCUGUGUCUCUUCUGGGAAAAUGGGAUCAGAAAAGGACUCGGAGUCGCCUCACUCCUCAGUGAGCGGCGUCCCCAACCCAAAGUGCCGCCCGGCGGGCAAACGCCAGGGCCGCAUCUCCUUUCACAGCCUCUUCCACAGCAAGCGGGGCUCUCGGGGCGCCAGGGGCCCCAAAGGAGGAGCUGCCACCCCUUUAUCCCAUCACCACCAGCUUCACCACACACAGCAACAGCUCCUCCCUACUGCCUUGAGCUCGACGCCUGCCGAAACCUCAGCUGCGCCCUUGACAACAACGACCACCACCGCCGCAACCACCCAGGACGCCGCCUCCAGUACCCCAUCAAAGCUGCUCUCCUCCAGCCAGCCGUCUCUGGGUGGAACCCCUCCCUCCGGGGAGGCCGACCUCCUGGAGUGCCCCCUGUGCCUGGUGCGCCAGCCCGCUGAGCAGCUCCCUGAGCUGCUGGGGUGCAGCCACCGCUCCUGCCUCUGCUGCCUGCGGCAGUACCUCCGCAUCGAGAUCACAGAGAGCCGAGUCCAGCUCAGCUGCCCCGAAUGUGCAGAGAGACUGGCCCCGCGGCAGGUGGCGGACAUCUUGGAUGACGCAGCCCUGCUGGAGAAGUAUGAGGAGUUCCUCCUGCGGAGGUGCCUUGCCUCCGACCCAGACUGCCGAUGGUGCCCAGCGCCCGACUGCGGAUUUGCCGUCAUCGCCUCAGGCUGUGCCAGCUGUCCCCGGUUGGUGUGUCGCAGAGAGGGAUGUGGCGCCGAGUUCUGCUACCACUGCAAACAAGCCUGGCAUCCCAACCAGACCUGCGACUCGGCCCGCCAACAGAGAGCCCAGUCACUGCACACCCACAGCAACCACUCCCCCAGCUACACACAGGAGCAGGGACCGGCUGAUGACAUCAAGCCCUGCCCUCGCUGUGGUGCCUACAUCAUCAAGAUGAACGAUGGAAGCUGCAAUCACAUGACCUGCGCCGUCUGCGGCUGUGAGUUCUGCUGGCUGUGCAUGAAGGAGAUCUCCGACCUGCACUACCUCAGUCCAUCUGGCUGCACAUUCUGGGGGAAGAAGCCUUGGAGCAGGAAGAAGAAGAUUUUGUGGCAGCUGGGCACCCUGAUUGGAGCUCCGGUGGGCAUCACCCUCAUCGCAGGCAUCGCCGUUCCAGCCAUGGUCAUCGGCAUCCCCGUUUACGUCGGCCGCAAGAUCCACGCCCACUACGAGCUGAAGAAGACGUCUCGUCACAGGAGGAACCUGGCCAUCACAGGAGGCGUGGCCCUGUCCAUCAUCACCGCCCCCGUCAUCGCGGCUGUCAGCGUCGGUAUCGGUGUGCCCAUCAUGCUGGCCUACGUGUACGGCGUGGUGCCCAUCUCUCUGUGUCGAGGAGGAGGCUGCGGGGUCAGCAGAGGGAAGGGACGAGGUGUACGCAUUGACUUUGAUGAGGACGAUGGUCCAAUCACAGUGGCGGACGCGUGGCGAGCCCUCAAGUCCCCGAGCCUCGGCGAUAGCAGUCUGGACGGGGCAGUCAGCGGUCUGAGCACCACCUCCCCUAGCGAGGGGCUCUCCGUGGCCCCCGGGACUCUGGGUGACACGCCCCACUUUAACACCCUGGCAGGCGGCGCCCUGGGAGCACGCAGCAGCAAGUACAGCAGGCUGGAGGUGCAGGCGGCGGAGCUGGCUAAAGAAUCUGCCCAGAGGGAGACAGGCAGCCUGGGAGCAGGUAGCGACUGUGCCAGCACCCGUGGAAUGGCCGGAUCCAUCAUUUCGUCAUACACACUCCCCGACAGGGAGUGCACCAACCUGGAGAUCCAGGUGGACAUUGAGACCAAACCCAGCCACCUCUGCCUGACCAGCGAAGAGGAUCUAGCUCCGCCUCCAUGCUCCGGUGCCAUGGCCACGGCCUCAGGAGUGGAGGAGCCUCAGGACUGCAGCUCCAGGCGGGGCGGGGCUCUGUCCGGCUCGGCCCUGGGACUGUCGCCGGGCGUGUCCAUCAGGGAGGGGCUCAGAGACGUCACCCUGGCUCAGCCGGAGAGCAUCCGCAGUGACCUGGAGAUGUCGGACACUCAAUCGGAUGACAUCGCCGAGCUGACGUCGGACGACUGUGACUCGCCUCACCCCAAGACCUGUCACCUGGCAGCCGGCCAGCAGCCCCCCUCCUGCCGAGUGCUGAACUCCUCGGACGGCCUUCGCUGUCCCGCGGACGGCAACGUCAUCCUCUACGUCUGAGAGAGCAGCAGCUCCCAGGAUUGCACAAAAAAAGACUCCCGACAGUUUUAUCCGAGCUCUCCUUUACUUCUUAGCCUUUUUGUUUUUCUUUUUUAUGAUUUCUCGUUUGCUGCUUUUGUGACUCACAGACGGCGUCUUAAACACAGACAGGGUUUGUUCACUUCUGUCUGUCUGUCCGUCUGUCUUAUCUAUCGACCUGUCAAUCUCCUCGCUGAGUAAAUUGUCAGGGUUCUACCUCUGAGAUUUAUAAGAUGAUGAUUUAUGUUUACUCCUCGGUGCAAAAUGCCUUGGCUACUUAAGCAAAAAAAAAAAAGAAAAAAAAAAAAAAAAGAGGUACAAAUUUUCCACAAGAAAUAUUGCAAUUGUGAAGUUCUGAAAUAAGGUGAAAGGUCACCGAGCACAGCAGAGGGAAGACGGAUGUUGGCUGGGGACGAAAGGGGACGUUUCUAAUAAUGUGUGGGUGAAUGUGGACUUUGUACUCAACUAUUGUGGCUUUAUUUCCUUCUUUUCUCUAUUUAUAUUCAGAUGACCUGGAAAUUGUGUUAUUUGCUGCGCGCAUGUGUCUGCAUGAGCCAUGCCUUGUGUGAAAGGUUGAAAAAGGGGCAGUGAGCUUCUGUUACACUGGUGAAAGUUUACUUUAGAUGAUGAAGCUGCACUUGAAUCUCACUUUCCCUGCACAGAGGAGGAGGAGGAGGAGAAGUUUGGGUUUACAGAAAUAGAUGAUUGAGUUCUGACAAUGACGAGAUGAAGACACUGCAGUGAAAUGCACUGAGAGAAGCUAUUUUAUUCUAUUCUCUUUGACAGCGAAGGACCUUUAUCACAUUUUUUAAAAGUUGUGGUCAGUCCAGUAUAUGAACGGGUUUGUACUGCACUGAGAUGUGCAUCAAACAGACAUUUAUCAGUUUAUAAAUUAUCAAGUGAGAACCUGAAAUAUAUUGUUUAUCUGAAAAAUGCAAAAAUCCAACUUGUAUUCUACAGUUUCAACUGUUGUGUACUUCCUGUAAUCUUCAACUACAUGGUGAACUACAGUUUUGCUGAAACUGCGUGUAUGUGCAAAGCACCAGAAUUACCUGCUGGUGCUUCAACUGUCUGCAUACUAAAAUUUUGAAAGCUUUCUUGAUUUGUUAAAUCAACUCAUCAGCCAUUCCACUUAAGAAAAAAAACAUUUAACAUCUAAAGUUUUUAGAUGGUUUCAAUUCAAUAAUUAAAAUAGGCUCAAAAAGGUUAAAAUUAUAAAAUGAUAUUUGACAGAAAAAGAUGCAAAGACUCCAGUGUCCCAAAAAUAUUGAAAAGUAACCGCUAUAAUUUUCCAGAGGUAAUUAUUUUAAUUGCUUUAUUUCUUUGACCAACAGCCCAAAACCCCAAAGAUAACCACAAAUAAUAUAAUAUCUUACAAAGAAAACCAAUAAUAAUAUCAUAUAUUACAAAGAUAACCACUAAAUCCUCACAUUGGAGAAGCCUGAACCAGAGAACAUUUGGAAUCUUUUGGCUUAAACAAAUAAAAUAAUUAGUUGAGUAAUGGAUAUUAAAAUAGCUGUUGAUUAUCUUGACUCAUUGAAUAGUUUAACUCUCUCAGCUGUAUUUUGUGAUCGAUGGUGAACAGCUCUUGAGGCUCUGGUCACUGUCACAACUCUCUCACUGUGGCUCUGGUGUGUGUGUCCUAACUGGACCGCUGUCCGACAGUCAGCUGCCUUAUAGACACUCUCUGACCAACACAACACACCAACAAGACUGGUUUAGUGAUAACUGGCUGUCUGACCCACUUGAACGCUGUGUGUGUGUGUGUGUGUGUGUGUGUGUGUGUGUGUGUGUGUGUGUGUGUGUGU